AUGUCCUCAACUGCAAACACGUACGACCCUAACGAGGCUUACAGGAAAACUCAAUCCCAGAUAUAUAGGUUGCAAGAGACCAUACUAGACUCCAGUAAGGAGGCCAAGAAGAAAUAUCCAAAGGAUAUUGAUAAUAAGCCAGAAUCAUCAAACACUGGACUAUUGGAGGUGAACUCUUUCCCCGUACUUCAGGAUAACGAUAAAAGAUAUAAAUCGAAGCCCAGAGUUGUGCAAUGGCUAACGUAUUACGAGGGUCCCUCGGAAAGUACAGGAAAAAGCCUUCCCUUCCCCUACGAUGUGGUUCAAAGGACACAACCAUUCCUCCCCCCAUUUCUCCCGGCAUUACCAGCAACUUUCAUAAAUAAAAUCAUUAGCAUAAGGGUGCCCUGUGAAGAGAUUGACAAACUGCUACAGAACAAAUCCUCAAGACUUGAAAACUUAGAACUGUGGGGGUCGGAUAUUUACACUGAUGAUUCUGAUCCACUCUUGAUGCUUCUGCAUAUGGGUGUGUUUCACGGGGACCCGAAGAAUGUGAAACGUACACCAGCUAACUUAAAGGCACCUGAUUUCGUUGUAGGUUCCUUUGAGGAGUCUAAGAAUAAGAAAUACGAUGUUAUUACAGAUUUACUGAUGCUGGACACCCUUGAAUCGUACCAUGGUUGCAACAGGUAUGGGGUGACCUCAAGAGACUGGGCCGAGAAGACCCCUCAUGACGGUUUAAGUUGCGGGGUUUACAAACUGGAGUUCAGAGUAAGAGAUGAAACCAUCGAUUCAGAAAGAUGGUACAAAUGA